AUGGCACCACUCGCUGACUUCCUUUUGUCCGUCUUACCUGUUUCUCUUCCAUCCUAUCUUACUUCUUUUAUACCCGGAAAGACGCCUCUCUCGACCAACACUGAGGUCCUCACCACUUUGGCUUCAUACCUGGCCGUGAUAUUUGGGAUUCAGGCAUACAAGAAAAACCGACAACCCCAGAAACUCAACACGCUCUUUCAAGCCCAUAAUGUCAUUCUGAGUUCAGGGAGCUUGCUACUGCUCGCCCUCAUGCUAGAGGAAAUUCUUCCUAUAGUUUGGAAAAAUGGCCUCUAUUUCGGUAUUUGCGCGCCUGAGGCAUGGACUCCGAGAAUGGAAUUUUACUAUCUAGUCAACUAUUACUUCAAAUAUCUCGAAUUGCUGGAUACAGUGUUUUUGGCGUACAAGAAGAAACCGCUUGCAUUCUUACACGUCUUCCAUCACUCUGCCACUGCUUUGCUCUGCUACUCUCAACUUGGCGGCAAAACCAGCAUUUCCUGGACCGUGAUCACACUCAACCUGUCCGUGCACGUUCUAAUGUACUACUAUUAUUACGCCACUGCUGGCGGGAAGCGAAUUUGGUGGAAGAAAUAUUUGACCUCAAUGCAGAUUGUUCAAUUCAUAAUCGACUUGUUCAUCGUGUACUUUGGCACCUGGCAACACUUCGCAUUCAGAUAUCAAUCCCAUCUACCUCAUGUCGGUGAUUGUGCCGGAUCAGAAACCGCUGCACUUUUCGGUUGCGGGCUUCUGACCAGCUACCUCGGGCUUUUCAUCAACUUCUACAUCCAAACUUACAAGAAGCCAGUCAAAGGAUCAAAAGCCACGAAUGGACAUGCCAACGGAAAAGCGUGA